GCUGCCUGCCAGUCGACAAACAACUGUCGGCGUCGAGAGACGUAUAGCGCGGGCGCGUGCAACUCAGCAGUUCGUGGCGGCCAUAGUUACAGCGGGUGUAAUACGUGGCUUGACAAAUUCUGCUUCCUUAACCUCUCCAGCUGAGAGGCGCUGGUGGAUAUUACGGAACAAGUGGACUGACGAAAAGUGAACAACUGCCAAGUGAACAGUUUGUUUGUUGUUCAAUAAAACUUGGGUGGAAAAAUAUAGAAAUUCGACUCUUCUUGUGUCAAGUGUUAAAUCAAGUGGGCGGCAUCAAGAAGGAUCUGCCUGAGACUGUCAUGUGAGGCGCGGCGCCCCUGCUGCGAGAGUGGGUGACACGCACGAACCCAGUGGACACCCAUGCACGCCAUGGCUGCCGUGUGUGGCGCCGUGGGGCGCCUCGCGGUGAUGGCCCUCGUCCUCGUCUCUGUGACCACAGGAGAGUUGUACCUCCAGCAGGCCCCGGAGCUGUACCUGGAGCAGCCCCCGCGGCUGCCCCGGGUGUACGCCGCCGCCCCUUCUGGCGUGGACGUGACGGUGGUGCGGGCGGUGCUAGUGGACCCCGGCACGACCACCCGCACCCCCGCCCACGAGCCGCGCUUCUCCCUCCACCGGUCCGACAAAACCGACUACCGAUUCUUCAACAUCGACGAGAGGCACGGCAACAUAACGACGUCCAGGUACCUUUCGCUUCCAGUGGGUAGUCAGUACCAGCUGAUGGUUAUGGUUCUGGCAUCUGGGAGAGCCAUCUACAAGAACUUGAAGAUCACUGUCUCUGAAUAUAACAAAUACGCUCCAGUCCUCAGCCUCCAGCAUUACAGUGCAGAGGUGCUGGCUACAGCAGGGGUGGGCACUCCCAUUCUGCAAGUAGCAGCCACUGACCAAGACCCGGUGAAGUACAACAAAGACUUCCACUACUUCCUGGGAGAACAUUCCGCCGAUUUUCACUUAAAUCCCUUCCUUGAUCCCCCGGUGUUGUCACCUUUGAGAAUUGAUCCUCAUUCGGGCGUGGUGAGGGUAGCCCGGCCUCUGGAAAGGUUUGCCUCGCCCCUGCAGCUGCUGGUGGGUGCUGUGGACGGCGGCUCACCUCAGCGACAUGCCCUCGGCAACCUCACCGUUUACAUCAGAAAAAUGCCAGCUCCAAGAUCUGUACUUGUGACCAACACCUCAGAAACAAGCCUGACAGUGUGCUGGUUGCCUCCUGUCUUCAGCCACCCUGAAGGCUACAUUUUGAGUUACAGUCCGAUGGGGCACCAGAAUGGUGAGGGGUUCCUCAAUCUGACAGUGGAUCAGCUCCACAGGAAGUUGUCCACAUGGAGUGGUAGCCAGGAGGUGGCUACUAGGGGUGACAGUGUGGUUCCAGUCUACCAUUACUGUGCUGUGGUGGGUGACCUGAUGCGCUGGACACAAUACCUGGUAGGGGUGCGAGCAUGGGCAGGAGCUGAGAUAUCUAUCGCCUCAAUUUCUGUCAAGGCAUCUACCAUGAGUGACUACUGUGCAGAAGGCGUGUGCAGGGCUGGGAACUGUACCUUGCAGCAAGACCCACCAGGAUACUCGUGUCAGUGUCAUGAUGGCUACUAUGGUGACAGCUGCGAACAUCACAACCCCUGCCUCCCAGAAAAUCCAUGCCAACCUCCAGGGAAGUGUCUCAACAACUCAGAUGGAUCCUACACCUGUGAGUGCCUGCACGGCUUUUACGGCCCCAACUGCACCAUGUUGGACCCAUGUAUGGCUGUGUCUGAGAACCCCUGCGUCAACGGGGGAGUCUGUGUCAGAAGGUCCAAACUCCUUCAAAAUUCUGCCGGUGAAAAGAGUCAGCAGUAUGAAUGUGUUUGCCCUGAAGGUUACUAUGGAGUGACCUGUGAGCACCAGGACCCAUGUGUGCCCAACCCCUGCAAUGAUAGGGGUUCAUGUAAUAAACUGUCACAUGCCAACUUUUCGUGUGUGUGUCAUCCAGGCUAUACUGGUACAAGAUGUCAGGAGGAGGUUAACGAAUGUGAACCUAACCCAUGUAAGGGCGGCAAGUGCACCGACCUCUUCAACGACUACCACUGCCACUGCCCUGAAGGCUGGGGUGGAAAGAACUGUGAGGAGGAUCUUGACGAGUGUGCCUCUUCUCCUUGCUUCAAUGGAGCCACCUGCAUUGAUGGGCAGGCCUCUUACGUGUGUGACUGUGCCCAUGGGUACAGUGGCCUCAGAUGUAAUAUACCAGAGUCCUGCCCAGUCCAGACAACAGAUCUUAACACUGGUGAGUUCCUCUGGCCUGCCACUCACCAUGGGGAGUCAGUCACCAUAUCCUGCCCUUAUGGAACUCGAAUACCUGCCUUUGAAGAAGGAAGCACCACUGAAACUGACACACCGUUUGAUACAACAAUGACAUCGGGAAAUUACCAUGAUUUUCUGGAUUUUGAGGAGGCAGCAUUAUCAACAGAGACUCCACAUGCCUCAGCGAUGACUGCUACAUAUGCUGCUUUGGAUGGUGGCAGUUUUCACAUCAACAGAAAAUCAAGAGAUGUCUUCAGCCCUUCUGAUUUCAGGAGAUUUGAGGGUAGUUUUCAAGAGAGAAGACAUCGUAUCCUCUCUUCAAUAAGGGCAUCAAGCCCCAGGAGGUCAGACAGAAGGCACUCCCUGAGGCAGUCUAGACAGGGAGGGCAAGGCAGGCAUGAAACAGAAAGACAAGAGAGUCAUACAGAUAAUGAAGAAACAGGAAGGCAUCUGUACAAUCAAAACCAAACAAACUCAGCAAGAGACAGAGAACAGGAGCCAGAUGUAAAGAAGCAUAUUGAUAUAGAACAUGGACGGCCUGAUGCUCUGACACUCAGGAGUGGUCCCAGAACAGAGCCACUCACAGACAGUAGAUCUAAGGUGCAGGACACUAAUAAGCACAUGACAAGCCAUUCCAUGCCAGACAGGCCACAAGUUCACCCAAUAUUAAUUAAAGGCAAAAAAAGGCAUCUGUCACUUCCAGAUGAUUAUGUAAGUUAUGAUGAUUAUAAUUAUAAAUAUAAUCCAGCAUAUGACAUAGAUCUCCAGACUGAUGACAGUGCAGGGACAGAAUCAGAAUCGACUGAUGUCCAAAGCCAGAAAAAAAGAAAUAAGAGUAGAAUUCGUGAAACCACAAGUAUAACACCAGCAAGUGAUGCACAUCAUACAAAGGCAACGGGGGAAAGGGUAACCAAUCAUCAUACAAAUAAAGCGGUUCGGUCCUGCAUUCUUCUACCAAAUGGCACUGUAACCUGGAGGAAACCUGAUACCAGUAUGUGUCGGGAAAAAGCAAUGCAAGUGGCAGAAAAAGCUGCCCAGGAAGUGGUCUCCCUCACAAACUCUCCUUCAACUGUUAAUUCAUCGACAUUCACUCAUGCUGCAGACCAGCUGGCUGUGAUAGUUGAGCAUGCAAUCAAGGAUCAAGCUGUGGCUAAAAGCAUGGUGACAGCUCUGAGCAACUUGAUGGAAGUGAAUGAUUCGGUGGUGGCUGCUGUAGACAAGAAAAAUAAUGUCACCAAACAAAUCUUGAAGACAAUCAAAUCCUUCACCGAGAAAGUGGCUCUUAGAGUUGGAGAGCCAGUCAAGCUGGAAUCUCAAUAUUUAGUGGUGGAAGCGAGAUUGCUGGAUUCAUCAGUAAACGAAAACAUCAUCUUUGAUCCUAGAAUACAGAAAAACAGCUCACCUCUAUCACACUCCCGUCACAGGAGGAGGAGCACUGAGUCUUCAGCACCCACUCAGGAAAUGAAACCAUACAUAUCUUUGCCACCUGAGGUACUGAAGCUGACAGGCAAAAAAAAUGUAAGAUUAGAAUUUGUUUCAUUUGCCAAUGAUAAAUUCUUUCGGAGUCAUGAGCAGUCCGGGCUGCCAGUUAUCACUGCCACGAUCACCAAUACUGAAGUCAGCAAUCUGAGCCAUCCAGUUGUUUAUGAGAUCCCGCUGGGAGCGCCUCAUGCUUCAGGAGCCUUCCAGCCAGUCUGUGUGUUUUGGGAUGAGAAAGAACAUAGAUGGUCAACCAAUGGACUGCAAACGGUGCAGAUUGAUGGGAGGAACGUCUGCCAAGCUUCUCACCUGACAGCAUUUUCAAUAUUAUUGGAUCCUCUUCCUGCAGAGCUUGGCUCCCAUGCUGAGGCUCUUUCCAUCAUCACCUAUGUUGGGCUAAUUUUGAGUACAGCUGCUCUCAUGGCUACAGUUGCAACUUAUGCUUUGUUCAGGACACUGAACCGGGACCGCAGCGGCAAAAUUGUGAUGAAUUUAUCCCUGGUGCUGCUGCUCCUCAAUAUUGUGUUCAUCAUUGCUGUCAAACUCAAGCCUCCUUCAGUGGAAUGUACUGCUCUUGCUGCUAUACUUCACUAUCUAGUGGUGUCAGCCUUUGCCUGGAUGCUGGUGGAGGCAGCCAACAUGUAUCAACUCCUCAUUACAGUAUUUGCCUCUGCUGAAACUCACUUCAUGGCCAAGCGUGUGUUUGCAGCAUGGGGGAUCCCAGUUGUUCUGGUUGUGAUAGCUCUCAGUGUUGAUAAAGAAGUGUAUGGGGACCCUAACCAAGGCUACUGUGUCAUCAGUCCUGCGUCCAACCCAGCCCUCUAUUAUUCUACCUAUUUAGGUCCUAUCUGCCUUGUUCUUCUGGUGAACUGUAUUGUGUUCGUGAUGGUGACGCGAGUACUGUGUCAGCGACGCCCACGCCCCAACAGGCCGCGGGCACCCUCCAGCUCACCCUCAGUGGAGAUGCCCAUCACACUGGCACAGGUUCGAGGGGCUGUGACAGUUGUUGCACUGCUGGGCAUCACGUGGGUGGCUGGGGCGCUGAGUGUUGGUGGGGCUCGCCUCAUAAUGCAGUAUAUUUUCUGCUUGACCACACCCUUGCAAGGACUAAUUAUCUUCAUAGUUCGUGUAGCCCAACAUCCAGAGGCUCGAGCUGCUUGGAUAACUCUGUUCACCACAGGAACCCUCCGUCGCCGCCCGCCUACCACGCAUACACAUUCCACGCACUCAUCAGGCCACACUCACUCAACUUCAUCCAUGGCCAACACUCCAAGAAACAACAAUUCAUCUACACGCACAACUUCAACAAGAAUUUCACUCAGGACCUCACCAAAACCUACAGACAACACCCAGAAGAAUGGUUCAGUUAAGUCAUGGAGUUCUAAGAAUGGAAACAUUUGUAAAUAUGCAUCAAAGAACAAUGAAACUGAUUCAAGCAUGGGUACACUCUUUACCCGUCUAGUUAAGCGUCUAAGUACCAGUGGCCAAGGGAAUGAAAAAGAUGGAGCCUCUGUUGCCAAAAAUGUUGAAAAGACAAAACAUGACUUGGCCUCUGUGACCCUUCCUGACUUAGACUGCCCAAGUACAUUAAAUCAAGACCACUCAUAUUUCUGUGAAGCCAUUCCUGAAAAGCCAGCUCGCUCCAGCUACAAGAACAAGCCUGUACAUCGUCCUCAGUCUCUUGUACUGCUGCGCACAGACAGCCAUGGCAGUGUAAUGGCUACCCAGGCAUCCACCUUAUCUCAGGACUGCAUAAAUCCCCAGUAUCCUCUUCUGUCUUCUAGUUUCUUACCCCAGGAGUUGGUAGAAGCUGGGAUUCCUUCAUCAAUGGUACCAAGAAGAUCUCUGGGGUCUCUCAUGCUAAUUACAGGAGGCAAAGAAGGUGAUGACUCGUCUUGGCACUUUGUUAGGCCACCACCUGAUGGUCACAGCAACCCAGUCAGUGAGGGAGAGAGUGUUUUUGUGGAAAGUAACACUCUUGCCAUUACAAAGGGGGAUAAACAUCUUGAGAAGCUUGUUUCUCAAACAGUAGGAACUAGUGAAUCCAGAAGCAACAAUGGCUGUGUUGUUCUCUCUGGACAGCGAGUUGCAACCAAAAACUCUGCCAUAUCUGAAGUGGAAAGAAAGUUUUCUGCUCCAAACCUUACAAGAGCAAAUAGUGAGUCGCAGAUGAACACUUCAGUAGUCAAUCCAGCUGACUUGCGACGCUCAGCUUCUGUGUAUACUUUAGGAGAGUGGGAAGACCCAAGAUCAUCGCUAGCAUAAAUAUGUAAUUAUACCAAGAUGAUUUACAUCAGUUUUAACCCAAAGAGUUUGGAGCCUAAAGACAAUAAUGUGAAGGUAUUGUGCGUUGCAGUGAAAAUGUUAUUGAACAAUCUACAGCCCAGCUAUACGCAAGUGUGAAUUAAUGAAUUUGGCUUGUUUGUAAUCUGUUUCAGUGUAUUAUAAUGGAAGUCUAGAUAGCAGCUGUAGUAUUAUAUAACAUGAGAGGGCCAGUUUCUGUGACUAGAUAUCUUCAGCAGUUGUCAAAUUACUGAAUGGGUUUGACCCCUUCCUGGGCUGCACAGGAUAGCUAAGGAAAAACUUAUUAAGUUCUAUUUAAGGUCUACAAUGUUCCCACUAUUCUUAACAGGUAAUACUAACCUGUAGAACUCUGAGCAUUUAAAGGCUUUACUUAUAUAUUAUAUGCCAUAAUAAAGCUAUGUGUAAAAUGAA